AACGGACUGUGAUCUAAACUUCGAAGAAGAGGCGAUAAAACGAUGAUGAAGACGUUGCUGGGCGCCGUGCUGUGCGGGCUGACGGCUGCUACGUCAGCCGCAUCGGUAUCCAGCCAUCUCCCCCAUGUUCCGCUAUUUAUGUGGUCCCAACGCCCUAUUUUCGCUGGAUCGAACGCCUACCUGAGCUCCGAGAUGGAUGAAGCCGCUGUGGCGUCCGCUGUUGGGCGCGUACUGAACCGUGAUGCAAGUGCUGACAAAGAGGGCGUGCUGAGCACCCAAGUAUCUUUCUCCCAACAGGCAGAACUCAUGUGUUUAUUUCUUCUUCCGGCACUGGCCUCGGAGGAUGUAUCGCUUCUUUCAAGAGGGGCGGGCUCACAUGUGCAGAAUGCAAUUGAGGGCUCUGUAUCGUCGGUGGUGAUUCCACACACUACUCGAUCGAAGCCACUUCUUCCCGAAAUAACGAGCGUCAAGCCUCAUAUCGUGGGGGCUCAGGACUUGGAUGUGUUUAUCACGUCCGCGGAGGGACAGGCUUUGCUUGCGAACGGCAAGACAGACCUGCUGGUCGUUCAACUGCCCGAAUCAAUGUCAUUGUCCGACGUGGAUUCCGCCAUCGAGACAGCCUCUAGAAGCCUCAACGCUGCUACGGGUGGCAAGACGGACUUUGCCUUUACUGGCAACGACGCCAACGCGGUUGAUAUUCAAGACUCUCUUCCACGCCGCCUUGCUGCUCAGACCAAGACCAAAAGGACGAACUCUACUGCUGAUGCCGCCAUGUUGUGCGAAGCAGGCUACCUUGUCGGGUAUAACGCGGCGGGAAAAGCUUUCUGCUUCUCGCACUAUGUGAACAUCACCCCUGACAUCAUGGCAGGUCUCCUCUUUGGUCUCCUGUUCGUUUUCUUGGCGUAUAUCGGACUGGGUGUGCUGCACCAGAUCCAGACGCCACAGAGGUACCCAUCGCACGGAGCACCGCGCGGCAAGGAGUUUUAAGUCGUCGACUUUGGGCCUUUAUGCGCAACAACACUGAAGAUGCAUUAAAAUGAAACUUUAUACUAACAA